AAAGGAGACUUGACUUGACAAAUUUAUAAACUGAUUGGAUUCAUUUAAGAACCCUACUCGCUUCACUUUUCUCUCUCGCCAAACAGCUUUGAGAAAGAGCGAGAGAGAGCCCCGACCUAUCCGCUUUAGGGUUUCCUUCACUUACCGACCGACUCUCAAUCUCGAAACCCUUUUCGGAUCAGGUCUGAGCAUUGCAGUUAUCAGGCUGUUCUUUAUAUUCAGCCAAGUUUCAUGUCUGAACUCGACGACCAAAUUCCUACUGCCUUUGAUCCGUUUGCCGAGGCAAAUGCUGAGGACUCUGGUGCUGGGUCAAAAGAGUAUGUGCACAUUCGUAUACAGCAGCGGAAUGGUAGAAAGAGCCUGACAACUGUGCAGGGGUUGAAGAAAGAAUACAGCUACAACAAGAUACUUAAGGACCUUAAGAAGGAGUUUUGCUGUAAUGGUACAGUUGUCCAAGACCCAGAACUAGGACAGGUUAUUCAACUUCAAGGUGAUCAGCGGAAGAAUGUCUCCACCUUCCUUGUCCAGGCUGCCAUUGUGAAAAAAGAACAUAUUAAGAUUCAUGGUUUCUGAGCUGCGUCAAAAGAAAGCUGUGCAUGGUUCAUACCCCUCAUAAUUUGGAGCCAGACAUGUUAUCCGGCUUUUAGUAUAAUCGUGCUGUUAUGUUAUCGUAAGGGUCUACAGUGUUCGCUACUUCCCUGCGUUUCUGGUGUGUUGUUGUUUUCUAGCAUCUGUGUUGUGUAAUGUGGGAUAAUUAUGAAGAAACACACGAGUACUUGUGUCUUGGUCCUUAAUAACAAUCAGUGUCUGAAAUUUGGUGUGUCUGGUUA